AUGAGGAAGGGCGCGGGGACUGAGGAGGACGACGGUCCAUACACUGUUGCUUUCCCUUCAUCAGAGACCGAUUACAACAGAAACUCUAACUACAUUCGCACCACCAAAUACACGCUGUAUUCAUUCUUCCCAAAAACCCUUUACAACCAGUUCCGCCGGUUUUACAACCUGUACUUCCUCGCAGGGGCGCUGUCCGUCAUCGCUGGCGUCUCCAGUUUGUCACCAGCGUCACAGAUCCUGCCGUUGCUCAUCGUUCUCGCCUUCUCUCUUGCAAAAGAAGCAUACGAAGACUAUUCACGCUAUAAAGCCGAUCGAGCCGCCAACACCGCCCCAGUGAUAGUCCUUCGCCAAGGGAAACGGCAGGAGAUCACAGCCGAGCAUGUUCAACCAGGGGAUAUCAUAUGUUUAGAGAAGGGCGAUAAGACCCCUGUAGAUGCCAUGAUCCUAUCGACGAAUUACGAAGAUGGGACAUGUUUUGUGGAGACUGCCGAAUUGGACGGGGAAACGAAUCUGAAAAGACGGAGCGCCGUAGGGGAACUGGCACAUGUGCAAACCGACGAGCAAGUGAGCGCAUUGCAGGGGACCAUACAAUGCGAGCAGCCAAAUGAUAAGCUUGGGGUAUUCGAUGGCCUAAUAACGCUCAAUCAACCUCACGGCCAUUCACCGAUUCGAUACCCACUGACACCCACAAACAUCAUACUGCGCGGAUCAAAUGUCCGUAACACUACUUUUGCGUACCUUCUCGUCGUAUAUGUCGGGGGAAACACCAAAAUCAUCCGAAACCUCAAAAAACCGAAGCUGAAAUCAAGCACAUUGGAAAAACGGCUCAAUUGGCUGGUCAUGGGCGCUUUCGUCUAUAACGCGUUCUUGCUAAUCAGCAGUGUGGCUAAUCAACUCACUGAUCCCGCUAAUUACCCUGUUGAAUGGUAUCUAGGACCCGCUGAUAACAACACCGGAAGGCACAUAUUUUAUACCAUCGUCUCGUUCUUCGCCCUUUACACAUACGUCAUACCAAUCUCGCUUUUCGUCACUAUCGAAAUCGUGCGUGUCAUACAAGCGAAAUAUAUUCAAUGGGACUUCGAUAUGCGGUCGUAUAUGACGAACUCCGACGGUUCCGUGCUGACCGUCAAAUCGAAAGCGAAUAACUCCAAUCUCAACGAGGACCUUGGGGUUGUUGAAUACGUCUUCAGUGACAAAACGGGGACUGUGACAAGGAACGAGAUGAAGGUUGUUGGAUGGUACUUGGACGGCGUAGGGCCAAUACCGGCGGGCAUCAGCAGUGGCGCUGGCGCACUCGCAAAGAUGGCCGGUGACAGAUCAUUAGCUGCUGAUGCAAAGGAUCGUGUUAUGAAGUUUGGGCAUUCUCUAGCGCUGUGCCACAGCGUCAUACCUGCGCCCGAUCCACGCGAUUCGGAUGCUUUGCUGUACGAGUCUCAAUCACCCGAUGAAUCGGCCCUCCUCUACGCCAUCAAAACAGAUCAGUUCACGUUGCUGUCACGGACGAAGAACAACAUCAAAAUCAAUGAUCCAUCGCAGCCCGAAAAAGCAGUACCCCUCGAUUUCGUCCAAUUAGCCUUGCUCGACUUCACUUCCGAUCGUAAACGAAUGUCGGUAAUUGUCAGGUACCCAAACGGCGGACCCAUCAUCCUAUACUGCAAAGGAGCCGAUAAUAUCAUUAUAGAACGGCUUGCGGGAGGUCAGGACAAGGCGAUUGACCAUGCGGACGAGGCUUUACGGCAUUACAGUGAACAGGGGCUGAGGACCCUCGUGGUCGCGUACCGGCAGCUUUCAGAGGAGGAGUUUGAGAACUUCCGGGUGGCUUUGGACGAAGCAGAGCGGAGUCUAACAAACAGGGAAGAGAACAUCGCGGAGGUUUCCGAGACCAUUGAACGCGAUCUUCAGUUUUUGGGUUGUACAGCCAUCGAGGAUCGAUUGCAAGAUGAGGUCCCAGAAACGAUCGAGUUUCUUGUCAACUGCGGCAUUAAGGUCUGGUUGCUCACCGGAGACAAGAUGGAAACCGCAAUCAACAUCGGCAUGUCCUCGCGGCUUAUUCUUCCAGAUAUGUUGGUUUUAAAACUCACGGCGCAGUCGGAGCCAGAACUGAAACGCCAGCUCGAGGAAUACAUCGAGGACCUGAGUGGCGCGGGACCAGCGCAAUCGCCGACCCUCAUCAUCCCCGGGGCGACCCUGACAACGUUAUUCACCCACAAACCGGCCCUACCGCAACUUCUCCUUCGCCUCUCACAACUCUGCACGACCGUCAUCGCCUGCCGCGUCACACCCAUUCAAAAAGCGCUCGUUGUGCAACUAGUGCAGGAGAAUCUCAAAUGCACAACGCUAGCCAUCGGAGACGGCGCCAACGACGUCAGUAUGAUUCAGGCUGCCAAUGUCGGCGUAGGUGUCGUGGGCCGGGAGGGCACCCAGGCUGUGCGUGCUGCCGAUUACGCGAUUGGCGAGUUUCGGCAUCUUGCGAAACUCCUUGCCGUUCAUGGCCGGUGGAGUAGGCUGAGAUUAUCGAGUCUGGUGUACUACUCGUUCUACAAGAACUUGGUCAUGAUCACCGUGCAGUGGUGGUUUGGGUUCCAGUGCGCGUGGAGCGGGGCUCUCGUCUACGAGGAGCUGUUUUUGACGGGAUUCAAUAUCGUGUUCACCUCCUUACCGCCAUUCUUUCUCGCUAUAUUCGAUUACGAUGCACGGCCGGGGACUUUGCUGAGCAAUCCGCACUUAUACAAAGCUGUCCGCCAUGGACUCUACUGGUCCAACGUGCGCAUGGUCCGCACUCUCGUUGAAGCCUUUCUCACCGCCACAGCUAUCUUCUACACGGUCUACCUCGCAUUUCACAAUAACACACUCGAUCCUAACGGAUACAGCGCCGGAUACUGGACUCAGACGUAUCUCUUUUCCACCCCGAUGCUGGUCAUUGUGCUUAUCCGAGCCGCGAUGAUGAAUGUCGUUUGGGUCGGCAGAUUCGCCGCCGUCAGUUUGGGCGUGCUGGUGUUUUCAUUGCUAUGCAAUCUGGCUGUCAUGGGCGUCGUUGAAUGGCUCAAGUGGGUCGAUGAGGGCACGUUUGAGAGCGUCCAUGUUUUGCCUGGCUUCUGGGUAUGUUUUCGAACUGUGAAGUGCGAGUAUGUGUUCGUCCUGCGUGAGUUGGCUACCAACAUCUAA